AUGUUUUCACCAAAGUCGCCUAAAAGCCUCUCCAAGUAUGUCUUCAAGGCAUCGCAGGGCGCGGGGGAGCAGCUCUGUAUGGUGGAGUGUAAACCGGACUGCACCUGUAGUGUCCACGCGGCCGGCAGCACGAGACACUGCGCGCCUCUGUGCAAGGGGAAUGGCGCUCCCAUCGACCAACAAGGCCUUGAUAACUUGGCCUAUGAAUACGGGAGUCAGAGUGAGCUCUACCAACCGCCCCAAACUGCCUCCAGAGCCACUCUUAAACUCCAGGGACUUUCCCCGGAGAGCCAGACCCAGACCAUCGAGAGCAGGAUCUGCAGCCUGGAUGGAGUUCUUGCUGCCAGCUUGUCUUUAAACAGCAGCUUAGCCAAAGUGGACUAUGAUGCCUCCGUUAUCACAACCAAAGAGAUGGCUCUGGAGCUGCAGAGCAUGGGAUUGAGUGCUGAGUCAGCGGUGCACAUUAGGGUGGAGGGGAUGCACUGCCAGUCCUGUGUCCAGUCCAUCGAGGGACGGAUUGGUCCUCUACCUGGGGUCGGACACAUCCAGGUGUCCCUUCAGGACGCCACAGCGUUGAUUGUGCAUCAACCUAUUGUAGUUACACAAGCACAGCUGAGAGACUGCAUUGAGGAGAUGGGAUUUGGUGCCUCUUUAAUAUCCCAUGAUGCAUCUGGAUAUGAUACUGGCUGCUGGCAGAGAGACACGCUGACUGUAGACAUCUGGAUUGUAGGGAUGACUUGCAGCUCAUGCGUGCAAUCCAUAGAAGGGAUGAUCUCUGGGGUGACGGGGGUGCGCUCCAUCGCCGUGUCACUGAAGGAGGAAAAGGGAACGAUAACCUUUGACCCCAGCCUGACGGAGCCGGAGCAGCUCAGGGCCGCUAUCGAGGACAUGGGCUUUGACGCGUCACUUGAAGACCCUGCUUCUGCAAAGAGCAUCCAGGGUCAGGAAAAGUCCAGGCCAGUUUUCUUUGGACUUUCUCACCUCUCGGACUUAAAAACAACCAAUAAGGCUGGAGUCAGCAAUGGCGCCGGAUCACAGAUGGCCCCCAGAAGCGAGAUUAAAGUGCAAAAAUGCUUCAUCUGCGUAAUUGGAAUGACCUGUGCUUCCUGUGUGGCCAACAUUGAGAGGAACCUGCUCAAACAAAAGGGAAUCGUCACGGUGUUGGUGUCACUAAUGGCUGGGAAGGCGGAGGUGAAAUAUGAUUCAGAAAUCAUGAACGCUGCUGCUGUAACUCAGCUCAUAGAAGACUUAGGAUUUGGUGCCAAGCUGAUAGAGGACAAUGCAGUAACACACGGGAAACUGGACCUCACUAUAACAGGAAUGACAUGUGCAUCAUGUGUGCACAACAUUGAGUCCAAGCUCACCUCAACCAAAGGGAUCCUCGGGGCCUCCGUGGCCCUCGCAACCAAAAAAGCUCAGAUCCAGUUUGACCCGGAAGUGCUCGGAGCCCGAGAUAUUAUCAAGAUCAUUCAGAGUCUCGGUUUCGAGGCCAGUCUGGUGAAAGCAGGUUACAAAAACAACCUCGAUCACACGGAAGAAAUUCGACAGUGGAAGGGCUCCUUCCUGCUCAGCAUGGUGUUCGGCCUGCCUGUGAUGGGGCUGAUGAUCUACAUGAUGGUGAUGGACAGCCAGCACCAGGAGCACGGAGGCUCCAUGCCCGAGGAGCAGAACCUGCUGCCUGGCCUCUCCCUGCUUAACCUGGCCUUCUUCCUGCUCUGCACUCCUGUACAGAUCUUUGGAGGCAGAUACUUUUACAUCCAGGCGUAUCGCUCGUUAAAACACCGCACAGCCAACAUGGACGUGCUAAUCGUGUUAGCCACCUCCAUCGCCUACCUGUACUCCUGUGUGGUGCUCGUUGUCGCCAUGGCUGAGCGAGCAGGCCAGAGCCCCGUCACAUUCUUCGACACCCCUCCUAUGCUGUUUGUCUUCAUCGCUCUGGGCCGAUGGCUAGAAAACGUUGCAAAAAGUAAAACCUCAGAGGCUUUGGCCAAAUUAAUGUCCCUUCAAGCCACUGAUGCCACUGUGGUCACUUUGGGACCGGACCACUCCAUCAUCAGCGAGGAACAGGUGCCGGUGGAGCUGGUCCAGCGGGGGGACAUUGUGAAAGUGGCCCCUGGAGGAAAGUUCCCCGUUGAUGGGAAAGUGAUCGAGGGAAGUUCCAUGGCAGAUGAGUCCCUGAUCACAGGGGAGCCGAUGCCGGUCAGUAAGAAGGUGGGCAGUUUGGUGAUCGCCGGCUCCAUCAACGCUCACGGAGCUCUGCUGGUGGAGGCCACACACGUCGGAGCAGACACAACCCUGUCUCAAAUCGUUAAACUGGUGGAAGAAGCCCAAACCUCAAAGGCCCCCAUCCAGCAGUUUGCAGACCGGCUCAGUGGAUACUUCGUUCCCUUCAUAGUAAUCAUUUCUCUGCUGACGCUAGUGGCCUGGCUGGCCAUCGGGUUUGUCGACUUCGACAUUGUGAAGGAGAACUUCCCGGGUUACAACCAGAACAUCUCCAAGGCGGAGGUCAUAGUGCGCUUUGCCUUCCAGGCCUCCAUCACUGUUCUGUCCAUCGCCUGCCCCUGCUCUCUGGGGCUGGCAACCCCGACUGCUGUCAUGGUGGGCACGGGGGUCGGGGCCCAGAACGGGAUCCUCAUUAAAGGAGGCGAGCCGCUGGAGAUGGCCCACAAGAUCAACGUGGUGAUGUUUGAUAAGACCGGUACGAUCACUAACGGCGUGCCGCUGGUCACUCGUGUGUUGGUGCUGUGGGAAAUGGCCCGCAUGCCCCUGAGGAAGAUCCUGGCUCUAGUGGGCACAGCAGAGGCCAGCAGCGAGCACCCGCUGGGCAUGGCCGUCACCAAACACUGCAAAAAG